GUGUUGUUAUCUCAGGAACAAAGAUAAAGACUAGCAUUUCGAUAAAUCGUAAAAAUAUUAACGACAAUACCUUCCAAAUUGUGAUUUUUCAAAUAUUUCCCCAGCAAAAUCAUUAAAACAAUGGCCAUUUAUAUAUAUUUUUUAACCCUCUUUAUAGCUACUUUAUAUCAAAAAACUGCUGCCACAGAUAAAUUUAUAUUUGAAGAUUGCAGCAAAGGCUACAAAAGUAUUGUUACCAUAGACAAUUUUUCCCUAAAACCUGAUCCUAUAUCCUUGAGUCGAAAUAUUACAGUGUCUGGUAACAUAAUUCUCCACGAAGAUGUUCCGGAUGGUGCUUUAGUCAAGGCUAAGUUUUACAAGGUAAAACAUUUGUUUGGAGUCGCUGUAAGCAUUCCUGUACCCUGCGUAUUUGGCUAUGGAUCUUGUACAAAUGAGCACUGCAAAUAUAUGAGUGGAACAAAAGAACAAAUUUGCCCAUUCUUUCCAACAGGCGAGAAAUGUGAUUGUCCAUUGAAAGCUAACUCGUACAGCGCAUCUAACAUUAUCAUGGCACCACCAGAUCUCGGACCUCUAGUAAAGUAUCUCGCCUCGGGUCAUUUUAAGUUUGAAAUGAGAAUACUGACGAAAAAACCCUCCAAAGAGAUAGCCUGCGUUUAUUUCACUGGAAAAAUUGUUCCCUGAAAUAUGUAUGUUCUUGUCAUAUAAAUUAAUAAACAAGUUUUCAUUUCAAA